AUGCCUGAAGAGCGACAUCGAGUGUGGGGAGAUGGUGGAUUCCGAGGCUGCGUUCAGUUUCGCCUGCGUCGAAAUGCCGUAGUCUAUGACGUCUUCGACUGGCACUUGGAGCAGUGGGACUUGAUGAAGUUGUUUGUGCUGUUUGUGAUCGCACAAAAUUGCUAUCGAUGUGUCGCGUGUUUGAGCUUGACUCUGAACGGUGUGCUGUUGUCGAAGCGUGGGGUACGUCCCGACGGUGAUUUGAAUAUUUGUGGCGAGUGUGAUGAUAGUCUGGUGAAGGGAUUAAUUCCCAAAUUCUCGAUCAAGAAUGGGUUCUAUGUGGGCACGUUACCCAGUCGCCUUGCUGAUAUUACACUACCUGAACGAUUAAUGACGCAGAUGGUGUCGCUCGUUGCGGUCACACGUGUGAUGCGUGGUCGUUCACACCGUUCAAUUCGCUCUCACUGCCUGGUGUUUGACGCCACGCCAGGUCCGCCAGCAACGCUGCUACCAAUUCCAGUAGACGAUAUUACAUCGUAUCGUGUGGUGUUUGCUGGUCCGUUUACGACUGAGCUACAGGCUUCGGUCCGUCAAAUGCAUCGCGUUCGCCGCCAAGUCGUUGAUGAUGUACUGAAGUUUUACCGGCAACAUAAUGGGUUGUACGAAAUGGUUACGGUGGAUUGUUCAGAGGUUUCCCUGGAGGCAAUUGCUGAAACAUUGAUUUAUGAAGACGUUAAUGCUGAUGUUGAAGUGUCAGAAUUGGAUGCUGACCACGAUCGCGUUGGUGGCGUAUCUGACAACGACGUUUGUAGUGUCAAGAGUGACAUUGUCGAGCCUGGAGUCGUUUUAUUUCGGAUGAUCAUGAGUGAAGUGAGCACGCUGAAGUUUGCAGAGGACGAGUUGGUCAUGCUUCCAAGCUUUGACUAUAUAUCAGUCCAGAAGAUGUACACGCAACUUUCGUUGAAGAGUCAGCGACAUCCUGUUCUGUUUGAGCCAUACAGUGAUAUCACGCAAGAUGCGCUUGUAAAGCGCUGAGCGAGAAAGAGCUGCGGCGGCAAGGACGCACGACGUCAGCGCGCGACGAUGAAUCCAGCGCAACCGAUUUUCUUAAGACAGUCGAACUCAGUGGAAGUUCGAUAUGGGGUAGCGAUGCCGAGAGAGCACAAUGUCGACGGCGAGCAUUUGCGUAUCAGAUGAGAUUUGACCAGCCAGCGCUUUUCGUGACGCUAACACCGAACGUGGCCGACUCGUUUGUCAUGGCACAAUACUGUGGUGUUACAUCUGUCGACACCCUAUUUGACGCAGCGUUGUCUGAAAUGCCUGGAAAGUCUGCGCUGCACAGUACUAGUAUGGGUAAUGACAUCGUGUCAGCUAAAUUGUUCAUGCGGCAUAUGGAAGC